AGGACAACACGAGCCGCUUACCGCAACUGCGCCGUCGCAAAAGCUUCGGCGCAAGGCGUUCAAGCGGAAACCGCUGGUUCAGCCGGUCUCUAUGAGCCUUUCAAGGAGUUUGAGGUCGUCGAGGUCGCAUACCCCCCGGAUAAGCUCCGGAGCGCAUCCCUCUCAGCCGCCCCAUGGUGGUGCGGGUGUAGCGCUCUCAGCAUGGCCGCCUUCGUGCGAGUGUCGGGGCCGCCGAAUGGCAACUUUCUGAUCGGGUAUCCAGGUAUAUCCGCAACUAUGCCUCGGAUUGAAGGCAAGGUUGAGAUUAGGCCCAGUGUCGGCAUCACGGCUCCCGUCAAUGUAUCGCUCGUUACCAUUUCCCUCCACCGUCGUGAGACAAUACACCCUUCGGCGGACUCCGUUACUAAGAAACACCUGGCCCCUCCUCGGAAAGAGAUUACAGAUAUCGUGGGCAAGGAGAUGUUGCUCUUUCGCUGCCCCGCCGGUCGAGAAUAUGAGGAGGUUAUCUCUAUGGACCUACCUUUCGUGCUUUUCAUCCCCUUCGGGCGCAGUGGGCUAGAUGCGUCUCGGCGAGUCCCUCCGGCGAGUCUACAACUUCCGAGUCGAACGGCGGAGACAUACUACGAGAUUGUGGUGAUGGUCCAACAAGGACAUUCAGAUCAGAGAAAAUACACUUUUCCAGUGCCAAUCGCACGCUAUGAUACACUUUCUACGUUCGGGAUGUAUAACCGUCCCGAGUCAGCAGAACGGGUAACAGAUCACCUGGUCACUCUGGGCAUCUCAUUACCACGGUGGUCUUAUGGCCCACUGGACCCAGUGAGCGUCUAUAUCAAACUAUCUCCAAACCCGGACUGGAUGAGCAAGGCUCGAAAGGUUACAAUAAGUAAAAUUACUAUUGGCAUCGACGAAGAAAUCAUAUAUAACCACGAAGGUGAUGAGCCGCAGAGGAAAGUGAAAACCUUAACAAAGAGGACUGAGCACAUUGGAAUGAAGCUGCCGCCUUCUGGUUUCUUGACAAACCUCGGCUUAGUGUUUCCAGCGAAGGAUAUGCGAGAUACGGAGGGAAUCCUUCCUAGAGGGAAAGCUGCCUUUCCGAUGUAUGCAGUGAGCGGGUUCACGACCACCGCAAGCCUUUACAAGAUAGAGUACUACUUAACGGUAAAGGCCCACUUGACAUCUGCAAGGGAUAUUGUUAUUCGACAGCCAAUAGUUGUUUGUCCUCUUGAUCACGCCGGGUGCAAAGAAGAAAUGGAUGCCAUUGAGCAGGCCGCUCGAGAUGCUGUCCAUGUCAACCCAGAUAACCCCAUGUUGCCCUUACCCUCGAUAGUACGACCCAGUGACCCUAACGCUCUUCGUCAUCUCGGAGUAGCCAUUGUCGGUAACCAGAAGAAGCCUUUGAUCGAUUGAACAAAGGCAAUGGCCAAACUUUUGGAUAUCCUCAUUGGGAUGGAGUCCGACGUCUUGCUCAAUCUUGGUAGUGGAGGUUUCCACUUUUGCUACGCUAUCAAGAUAGGACUCAGUCUGCACUGCGAGAUUCGCGUGCAAUUCCCAGCUCGCUAAAAGACGAGCACGAUCAUGUCUCACGAACGCAUGGAUCCCGGAGUUAUUUGUUGCAUGGUAUUCAUGAUAGCCUUUGUCUUUCGUCUUCGCUGGCCGGGAGGGAAAAGGGGU